CAGUGCUGCCUUAUUCUCAAGAACUGCUCACAAGUGACUGGCAGAAGUUUUGGUGAUAAAGAUUUUCGGACAGGGUUAGAAAAUGGAAUUCUUCUCUGCGAGUUGCUGAAUGCCAUAAAGCCAGGACUUGUUAAAAAGAUCAAUAGAUUGCCUACCCCCAUUGCAGGAUUGGACAAUAUCAUAUUAUUCUUGAGAGGCUGUAAAGAGCUCGGCCUUAAAGAAUCUCAACUUUUUGACCCGAGCGACCUCCAGGAUACGUCCAACAGGGCAACAGUCAAGAGUCUUGAUUGCAGUAGGAAGCUGAAAAAUGUGUUAGUUACCAUCUACUGGCUGGGGAAAGCUGCGAAUAGCUGCACGUCCUACAGUGGAACCACACUGAACCUGAAGGAGUUUGAAGGAUUGUUGGCUCAGAUGAGAAAGGAGACCGAUGACAUCGAGAGUCCUAAACGCAGCAUCCGAGACAGCGGCUACGUCGACUGCUGGGAUUCUGAGCGAAGCGACUCCCUGUCUCCUCCUCGCCACGGCAGAGAUGAUUCCUUCGACAGCCUGGAUUCCUUCGGCUCCCGCUCCCGGCAGACGCCGUCGCCAGAUGUAGUGCUCAGGGGGAGCAGCGAUGGCAGAGGAAGCGACUCGGAAUCUGACUUGCCGCAUCGGAAGCUGCCGGAUGUGAAGAAGGAUGACAUGUCCGCGCGGCGCACUUCCCACGGCGAGCCGAAGUCAGCAGUGCCUUUCAACCAGUACCUCCCGAACAAGAGCAAUCAGACGGCCUACGUCCCCGCGCCUCUGAGGAAGAAGAAGGCCGAGCGGGAGGAGUACCGCAAGAGCUGGAGCACCGCCACCUCCCCGCUGGGAGGGGAGAGGCCCUUCAGAUACGGUCCGAGAACUCCUGUGUCUGAUGACGCAGAGAGCACGAGUCUGUCGGACAUGCGGGCCGAGGAGGAGGCCGCGGUGCAGCCGCACAGCAGGGCGCGCCAGGAGCAGCUGCAGCUCAUCAACAGCCAGCUGCGGGAGGAGGACGACAGGUGGCAGGACGACCUGGCUCGUUGGAAGAGUCGUAGAAGAAGUGCUUCUCAGGACUUAAUCAAGAAAGAGGAAGAAAGGAAAAAAAUGGAGAAGUUACUGGCUGGAGAGGACGGGACCCGUGAACGAAGGAAAAGCAUCAAAACCUACAGAGAAAUUGUUCAAGAAAAAGAGCGGAGAGAGAGAGAGCUGCAUGAGGCGUAUAAGAACGCUCGGUCCCAGGAGGAGGCAGAGGGGAUCCUUCAACAGUACAUCGAGAGGUUCACCAUCAGUGAGGCUGUUCUUGAACGCUUGGAGAUGCCAAAAAUUCUGGAAAGAAGCCAUUCAACAGAGCCAAACUUAUCCCCCUUCCCGAACGACCCCAACCCCAUGAAAUACCUACGGCAGCAGUCGCUUCCUCCACCCAAGUUCACUGCCAGCGUCGAAACCACCAUUGCUCGUGCCAGCGUUCUGGAUACCAGCAUGUCGGCAGGCGGUGCGUCUCCGGGCAAAACUGUCACUCCCAAAGCAGUGCCUGUGCUGACACCCAAGCCUUAUUCCCAGCCCAGAAACUCUCAAGAGGUUCUGAAGGCCUUUAAGGUAGAUGGGAAAGUCAGCAUAAAUGGAGAGACAGUUCAUGGAGAGGAGGAGGAGAAGCAGAGAGAGUGCCCCACGGUGGCACCCGCCCCCUCCUUAACCAAAUCCCAGAUGUUCGAAGGUGUGGCCAGAGUGCUUGGGUCCCCCGUGGAGCUGAAACAAGACAACAAUAGCAUCGAGAUCAACAUAAAGAAGCCAAAUUCUGUUCCCCAAGAACUGACAGCAACCACGGAGGAAAGUGAAGCGAAUAGUCGAGAAGAUGAGGAGGACGGUGGGAAUCCCAGCAAAGGGGACACAGAACUUGCCUCAUCAGAGCCGCAGCAUUUCACGACAACGGUGACCCGAUGCAGCCCGACCGUGGCCUUCGUGGAUUUCUCCCCCAGCCCCCAGCCGAAGAACGACGUGUCAGAGGGAAAAGACCAGAAGAAACCGGAAAACGAAAUGAGUGGGAAGGUGGAGUUGGUGCUGUCGCAAAAGGUGGUAAAGCCAAAAUCCCCAGAACCAGAAGCAGCCCUGACGUUUCCAUUUCUGGACAAAAUGCCUGAAACCAACCAAAUACACCUGCCAAAUCUCAAUUCUCAAGUGGAUUCUCCAAGCAGUGAAAAGUCACCUGUGACUACACCUUUUAAGUUCUGGGCCUGGGACCCAGAAGAGGAGCGCAGGAGACAGGAAAAAUGGCAGCAGGAGCAGGAGCGUCAACUCCAGGAGAGAUACCAGAAGGAGCAGGACAAGCUGAAAGAAGAGUGGGAAAAGGCCCGAAAGGAGGUGGAAGAGGAAGGACGCAGAUACUACGAGGAGGAGCGUAAGAUAAUCGAAGACACCGUGGUUCCAUUCACUGUUUCUUCAAGCUCCGCAGACCCGCUGUCCGCGUCCUCCUCUGUGACCAACAGCAGCGGGGCCAUGAAUAAGAAGGACUUGGAGAACUGUCAAGAUGAAACACAGGAGAAAAGACAGAAGAAACCAUUCCCAGAGGGCGACAAUGACUUACUGCUUAAGCCCAGGGAAGGAGAUUCACCGGAGCAGAAGGGCAGCGUAACUCACGGGGCCUUGGCUCACUCCGAGAACCCCGUGUCGAAAGGAAUCCGCCAGGAGCCUCAGCUGGACACCGAGGCCGGGGCCCCGCACCAUGGGCCGAACCCACAGCUCGCUCAGGAUCCAUCCCAGAAUCAGCAGACAUCAAACCCAGCCAUGCACGCCGCAGAAGAGAUGAAGCCAAAAUCCCUGCCGCUGGAUAAAAGCGUUAACCAUCAGAUCGAGUCCCCCAGCGAAAGGCGGAGGAAAAGCCCCAGCGAGAACCUCCAGGCCGGGCCCCGGUCCCCGUGCUCUCCCACCCCUCCCGGCCAGUCGCCAAACAGGUCUAUAAGCGGGAAGAAGCUAUGUUCUUCCUGUGGGCUUCCUUUGGGCAAAGGGGCUGCGAUGAUCAUCGAGACCCUCAACCUCUGUUUUCACAUCCAGUGUUUCAGGUGUGGAAUUUGUAAAGGGCAGCUUGGAGACGCCGUGAGCGGGACGGACGUCAGGAUUCGAAAUGGCCUUCUGAACUGUAACGACUGCUACGUGCGAUCGCGAGGUGCUGGCCAGCCCACAGCAUUGUGACGAGCUCCGAGCUUCCAGAUGACUCCCCGUUUCUCUACUGAUGGUGCCCCCGGCCAUCGCUUAACAAGAUCCCAAGUUCAGGGGCUUCUCAGCAUUCACCUAAUGUCGGAAAGGCUAAUCUAAAAGGUGGUAUCCGUUCUUUUGUAGCACAGUGGUUGCGUUCUUCCUGGGUUUAAUUCUUGUUGUUGUUGUUGUUCGUUUGUUUUUGCAUUUGCACGGUAUAUACAGAAGAAUAUUGGAUUGUAUUGAUCCUGAAUAGUUCAGAGAGGUGACAGCACGGUCAAACAGGCUUACGGUUUAAAAAGUGUUACUCUUUUCUUUGAGAAUGAGCUAAAUGAUGCAGUAAACCUGUUUUGUUUUGGAACUUCUGGGAAUUAAACACUUUGUUUACAGAAUUGAGCUGCAGAAAGUGCAAGACAUGCCAAUCUGAGACACAUGGUCUUCUAAGACAGAAGCAUAGAUUUAAUGCGUUCAGAAACUAAGCAUCCCGGUGAGCUCUGUCUCUGAGCUAUGACUUGUUUUUAAUGCAGAGACGCUAGUCCGAUAAUAUAUACUGUAAUCCUGAAACAUUUGUGUUACUUACCCGUUGAGGUAGAAAUUAUACCAAUAAAUUAUUGCACCGUUAGUAUUAGAUUCUGUGUA